AUAGCGACUUCCUCUUUUGGUUGCUAAGUGACUGCAAGGGCGCUAAAUCAUCAUUUCCAGCAAUAACCAAAUGGAGGAACCACUACAAACACUUGGAAGUCAGAAAAUUAAGCAAAAUAAUCAGGCUGUUUUCUCCAAGCUGGGAAGCCCCUUUUUGGAGGUGUCCAGUUGCCGGAGUCAUUAUUACCCCUCCCAGGCGCAGUUACUGAGUCAGGAGCAACGAUAUACGGUUCUAAGUCCAUCUCGUUGUCAGUGCAGAAAUUACCCCACCUCUCCCAAGCAGACAGAAAUGUUGAAUCCUAUGCAACCAAGUUUUCUGCCUGAUUCCAGCUGUCAAGAAGUGAAACCCCCUCAGUCCGACUCCGCAAGCCCUUUCAAUGAGUCAUGGCCUUCGACAGAGCAUAGUUCUUCCUCCCUCACUCCUGAGAGGGCAAGCAAUCUUCUCUCGGAACAGGUGUCAAGUACUAAGGCACUGACCUCACCAAAGACUCAGGAAUCUGUUUCAGACAGUGAAUCAAUUCUUGCCAGGUACAUAGCACGAUUCCGUUACGGGCAGCCCGCAACCCGUGGAGAGCGUUGGUUACCCAGCGGACAAUCUGCUCAGUUCUGGUGGCUCAGUCACUCAUUUUCUUCAGAAGGCACGAUCUCCAAGAAGGCAACAUCACCAUCUUCAGACACUAUCCAGAGUGAAAUGAGACCCUCCCUUCUCAGUCCAGCUUUGGAUCAGUCUCCCUCGGGAGAAUCACAGGACACUUCCAUCCUUGAUCCCGAGACUGUGAACCUGCAGGAGAGAGCAGCCAGACUCUUACAUAGAAGCAUGUCCCCCUUGAGCAGUUCCAAGCAGGUAAGCUUGGAAGGACUGAGCACCACCACUCCUUCCGCCAUCACGGAUGCCGAUAUACUUGUGUCUGGAUGUGCCCCACAGCACCGAGCAGCACACCAACUCAAAGGUAGCCUGAGUGCUCUGCCUAGUCAUAUCAUUCAAAUACCUCAAUCGCGUUAUUCUAAACCAGAAGAUGACAUCCUAUUCCAGUGGCGCCUGCGGCGGAAAAUGGAGGAAGCAAACAAAGCUGUAGCUGAGAUGCCUGCUGUAGCACAGAAGAGUCAGUACAUCCAACCUACCUGUGCUUCCAGCAUGCUCAAAAGAGCAUCUCUGAAGUCACCAGAAUCCACUAGUCGCAGCACUGAAGGUGCCAAAUCAUUGGGGACGUCUGAAACCCAGCUAGACAUGAGAUGCACAUACAAUACACUUCAUCCGUGCUGCUUCUCGAAUGCUAUGGGAAACUCAAGCGGCCAGCAGCUCACAGAAACUGUUCCCUUUAGUAAUGGUACUGUGGUGGCUGAAAGUCCUAAAUCUGAUGGGCAGAUUGGAGUAAAGGAACAAUCCCUAGAAACGGGUCCUGUCUGUGUGUGUGUGGACGCUCUUUCCCCACCAAGACCUGCAAGAACCAGCAAGCAUUCAAGCCAGAGCAGUUCAUAUCCUGUUCAGCCGGCAGCCCAACCUCGUGAUGGAGCUGAGUUCAGACAAAGUCAGAGGCCAUUCAGAUCCAGGCAGAGCAAAGUGAAACCUGUCCGCGACUCUGGAAAGCCACAGAAGAAUUCUACAAAACAUUCUUUUCAACAUGUCUUGGGAGAGGUGGUUUCUGAAAGGCUUUUCUCGCCACCUGAAUCUCCAGUUAGGGAUAACUCGAAGAGUUCAAAAGAUGGCUGCUCAGAUCAGUCUGUACCAAGCAUGGUUGCUGCUCCUUCACAUCCCCAGCUCCUGAGCAUGGCUGCUCAGCUACUGGAGCAGGCUGAGGACUCGGAUGGCACAGAGUUUGAGGACGAUUCCCUGUUGCAAGUGCUAAGGGGCCAGAGGGAGUUCCUACGCAGCCAGCUAAGAGCCGUGGAUGUCCGGUUGGCUCAGCCAAAAGAGUAGCAUUCUAAGACAUUUGAAGAUGGUUCCUUUCUCCUGCUCUGGAGCGGUGGAUGGAGUUCCAGGCACCUGAGAUGAGUUAAGUGAAAGGAUUUCUGGAGGCAUGUAACUAGCACUCUUCUGGUUGAUUGCGCUGCCUGCAUACGCAAGCCAGCUGGAAGUGCAAAGUGGCCAGGCACUGUUGUGUAGAGAUGUCCCUAGUAUGUAAACAGUGCUUUGUUCCCAUGGUUUCAUUGUAUAUUUUUGUGUUGAGUUUAAAAUAAAUUGUAUUUUUGGA